AACAGGAAGUAGCAUGGAGACGGAACAGAGAAGACGGAGUGACGGCUCUUCUAAAACGUCCAAAAAGAAUGAUAAACGUCUUAAAGCAAAGAGCGCUGAGGAAGAAGCGAAAAGGAGGGAAGCGAUCAAAGAGGCGCUACGAGAGAAGUUGGAAUUGGAGAAAAGAGCUCGGCAGGUGGUGGAGCGGCUGCUGGACGACAGUGUGACUGAGGACUUCCUGAUUGACUGUGCCAGGUUCAUCACCCCGGCCAAUUACAAAGAUGCUGUUGAGGAAAGAUUCAUCGCAAAAAUGUGUGGUUAUCCUGUAUGUCCAAGCAAGCUUGGCAAGAUCCCAACACAGCAGUUUAAAAUUUCUACAAAAACCAAUAAGGUUUAUGACAUCACUGAACGUAAGUGUUUUUGCAGUAACUUCUGCUACAAAGCCUCCAAAGAGUUUGAGCUACAAAUAUCAAAGACGCCUCUUUGGCUCAGGCAGCAUGAGAGUCCUCCAGAAAUUACUUUAAUGAAGAAAGGAGACAGUGGGAGUUCUGGUGAAGAGGUGAAGCUCACAGAAAGGCGUCUCCAAGAGGAGGACAUCGAGAACCCUUUGAUCGUCCAUCCCCAGGAUACUCCCAGCUCUGAGCAGCGUUCUGCUUCUCCACGUCUCUACAGCGAUAGUAGCGAAGACGAACAAGAGCAGGACUUUGUUUCCAGUGUGGUUUCCCAGCGUCAAGGACCCAGAGUGCACUGGGGUGACUUACCUAAACGCACAGAUAAAGACAAGAAACAAGGGGAAACAGAGAAGAGCAAGAAGCAGAAUAUAGAGGAGACUGAGGAGGAGAAAAUGAGAGAAGAGGAGGAUAAACAAACUGGAGGCCAGCGUCUCCCAGAAGACACAGGUUUCAAAGUGGAAGACGCUGCAGCUCAGCUCAGUCUGUGUAGUUUAGCUGAGACUGUCACUCCCAAUACAACACAAACAGAACUCACAUCUACAAAACAGGAGUCUAAUACAUCUGAAAACAGUCACAGCACAGCACAGGUCAAUGAGCCAGGCCUCAACAUCACACAGGUCGGUAUGAGCAAGAGAGGAGCAGCAGGACUACGAGAUCUACUCAAAAACCAAAGUACUGGACCCAAACCUGAUUCUAUCCGGCUCAGACUUAUUGCAUGUUUGACGAAAACGUUAAAGGAGUGGAGCACUGACGACACUUUGACGUUCCUCUAUGGCCCUGACCACUCACUAGGUUCUCCAUUUGCUGACGUAAAAGAAGAGGAGGAGGAACUGGAUGAAGAUGACAUUGAGGAUGAUGUGACACAGGAGGAGAUGGAACAGGAUGUUAAGAGACCGUCAGCUGCAGCUCCAGAUUAUAAAACGCUGCAGAAGGAGACUGAGCAGCUGGAUAUCAGGGUCAAGGAGUUUUACAAAGGAACGUGGAUUCUGCCUGAUGGCAAUGAGCAGUCAGAGGUGACAGUCAAAGACCAGAACACCAGGGACCCGGUUUUGCCUCUCAUUGACUCUCAGGCUCAGCACCUCAUCCAGAAGCGAAUCACAGUAGAGAAGCUCACUAGCUGUCUCAGAAACAUCGUCGGCUCACUUCGUCUCACCAUGAGCGACAUCUCCACCGACCUCAACAACCUGGUCCGGACAUUCAGGUUUACUAACACGAACAUCAGCCACAAAAUUCCAGAGUGGACCCUCAUAGCUGUUGUGCUGCUUCAUCUGUUGUCUGAGGUGUCUCCGUUGGUGCGAGAGGCGUUGAAGAUGCCGUCGUCCACGGAGUACCUGAACACACUGAUGGAGGAUCUCGGUCUCCAGGAGCACGACCUGCUGGACUUAAUGCAGAAGUUUAAAACACAAACACUCUGACGCACAGUCAUAUGAACACAUAUUACUUACAUUCAUGAUCUCUGACUGAAUAAACUGUUUUUAUGUGCACUAGUUAAUUAAUUAAAAUCUGUUCAUGACCUUUUGUCUGAA